CGCAGAAGAUUCCGAGGUAUCUGCCUAGCACAUCUUCGUCUAGAUACAGUCUGCCUCGCGCUUUACACUCUAUCAUCCUAGGUUGCUACAGCGUCGAUUAUAUCCCUAUCUUGCAUGGGGAGCCAGGAUAUUCCGCACCCACCGCAGUGUAUUGGAACAGCUCAGGAUCGAAAGAUUCGUUCGAACGUAUACACAAUCGAAAAAUUUAUAUUUUCCCACUAUGAGAGACAAAUCCUGGGAUACUCCUUAUAUUCAUGGCAAAGAACUGGAGGUUGAAGAUACUCUAGGUGUCUAUGAUAUGGAAUCCAAAUUUACAGUGUUUCUUAGUGGCCAGAGACUGGAUUUCUCUCCUGAAAGGUUUCUGCAUAGUGCAUGGACUCAGGGCUUUGGUACACCGUGUAUCAUAUGUGAAGAGGAUUUCGACCUUGCUAUCGAACCUCCUGUGAGGCUUCUUUGUCUGGGUCAUGAUGUUAGCGUCACGGACCCUCUCCGACAAAGCCUGCCACCUCUCCAUAUUCAAAACUAUCACCUGAGAUGCUUGAAAGAAAGAAGUAUCAAAUACGUUCCGGUUUCCCAUCCAUGGCAUCCAUCGAUAGCAGAGGCCUAUGCAAAUCGCACUUUCAACAUGAAAGCAGCACAGACUUGCUACGAAGCUCCACUCCGUACGCUCAUGGCUAUACGUCGUCGCUUUGGACCUGACCAUCUUCUAUGGCAUGAUUACAUCAGCAUACCACAAUGGGAAGACAACUUUCGAGGCACUAUCAUCUUGCCACAGAUAUUCAAGAUAUUUGAGGCUAGCAGCAGCUGCGUCCUCCACCUCGGGCAAAUGCCUCCAAAUGAAAUUGUGAAUACGCCUACAUUUGAGACUGUUAGUCAACGCAGCGACGGUUUGCAACAAUUCUUCGCUGCACAUUUAUUCAGCAGAUUAUGGCCAAUCGUAGAAUUCGAUCGAGCUGGAGAGGCGUAUAUCAUGAGUGAAAAAUAUAGCAUUCUGGAGCCAAAGUUUACAGUCUUCGUCAAGAAUAUCUUGGACGCUGUUAGAGAGGCAGAAAAUCUUACUUUAUCGCGGGGUGUUGAUCUGGUGCAAUGGAUCUACGGUCUACCCCUCUUCAUUCGAGAACGGCAAAAGAAUAAAUGCUUAGGCUACGUUUUCGACAUGAUCGCAAAUUUGGGCUGCCGCUCAUUCCGCGACAAAUUUAUCGGCGCUUCUGAAUUACUCAGGGUCCCUGAUUAUUCUAAGGAGCUUCCAGCAGACGCCGAAGACGCGUGUCUCUGGCUUGCAGAGAGACAGAUUCAAAAUAAUGACAUUAGCCCAUUGUUGCUCAGACCGUCUGGGGAGUCUCCACAUGCAAAGGCUAGGUGGCUCAAUGGCCACCAAUCGAUCGUACCAAACAUGUGGAGCUGGGGUGUCCAAACAAAGCCUGCAAAGACUAUACCUCAGUUACUAGAUCAUUGUGUAUAUCUAGAUGUGCAAUAUGCUGGAGACGUAACCCAUAUUUUCACAUGGCUCCGGGUUGGGAAUCAAUCGUUAAAUGCUACAAUGAACGAAUUAAACGAAUUGCUUGAAUCGACAAACGAAUCCACUGAAAGGCUUAUCAACCGUAUAGAGGCUGUGGACCCAUAUGCUCUCAUUUGCUGUGGCCAUAUCAGCCAAAGGAUAAAGGCUCCUGAAAUUCGUUUCCGCAUCUCUAAAUCCAGUCCAAUUCUAAAGAUGCUUCAUCACCUUAUUGAUCUGUCCUCGAAGGAAGGUAGUGAAAUGCAUUUCGAAGACUCGUCAACACUAUACGAUGAUGUUAUGUCUCUACUCGCUCUUUCUUCUUCUAUGCCACUACCUGAAUUAGAGCAUUUCGAGAAUUUCGAUCUUUCCAAACUGCGACAACAACUAUGCGACUUUUCCGAACAGCAUCUGGUGUCUAUCAGUUGCCCACGCUGUCUUCACCAGAAUCUAGUUCGUGCACAGCUGUGGCAACAGCCAACAACGGACACACGGCUUUACAUUAUUCCAGAGUUAGGGUAUGAGUAUACCUCCAACAGCGGAGUUGGGUUCUUCCUAAUGAAAGGCCAAGUCAUUGGGAGAACUCGUUUCUAUACUUCACACUGCAGCUGCGAUCAAAAUGUCACUGUAAAGAUUGCUUGAGUUUAUCGUUUGGCUUUCACAGGAUAGAAUUAUAGUACAUUAUAGCAGUAUCAGUAAUCUAACCUACUUUAUCUCUAUGAGAAGUGAGAUAACAUAGAAAAGUUAAAUAUGUAACUAGUUAGAAUGCAUUUAGCAAGAUCUGCAAAUUUAGCCGGGACCCAUCAACCAUGGCA